CAUGCUCUCACAAACGACAUGAUAGAUACUAUCGAAGUCUAUGAUAAAGGCGUACUAGACAAAUAUAACAUCAAAUAUAACGUUUACUCAAUAUUAUCUCAGUAGUUAAAUAAAUAGUUAGUCACAAAAUGUCCUCGUUAAUAAUUAACAGUCAGUCAACUUACCGCGGUCACCUUCAUGGCCAUAGCCCGCUCAGCCAGAGCAGAGGGCAUUCGACGUUAGAAAAGUGUGUAUCUUCUAAAAGCUGUUGUCACGAGAGCUCACUCAAAUAUUACAGGCCUUAUGUUGGAUUAAUCUCUCUUCCUGAAGAUGUAAGAAAUGGUAAGAACCACCUGUAAUCUAUGGAUGUGCAGGCGUCUCCAUGCAACAACACCUCAGACCCUCUGUGCUAUGAGGAAGGAUCAGGCACAUUAGCUGUGAUCAUUGUCCCCACUCUCCUGGCUCUCAGCACAGUGGUUGUUGUGACCAGCAUACUGUGCAGUCUCUUCCAUAGAAGAAGAGCAGCACCAGAGAGGACCUCCAUCCCUGCCCAUUACACCAAUCGGGGUCAGGAGUGUGUGUCCAGUAGCCCGGUGAAUCUGUGGGAGAUCCCAGGAGAAUGUACUCUGGAGGGGCUGGAGUUCUGGCAGACUGGCCACUAUGGUCCUAUCUGCAGAGGCACAAUGAGAAGAAACGAUAUAGCCUGUGCUGUAGUGGUCAAGACACUCCGAGGAGGCAUAAAUCAGCCUGAGGCAAAGAAGUUUGUUGACUGGAUCCUUUUCCAUGGUACCGUGUGUAAACACCAGAACCUGGUCCGGAUGCUGUACUGUCAGACACAGCGACUACCUAUGUACCUGGUACUGGAGGCCUGUAGUCCUGGCAACCUUCUGCACUACCUCUGGACCCUGAGAAAUAGUGAUUCGGAGCCCUUGGAUCCACUGCAACACUUUUCAGAGAGAUCAGUGUUUUUGGUGGCAAAGCAGGUGGCAGCAGGCCUGGACUAUCUGUUGUCAGAGCACAGGCUUGUACAUGGUAAUGUUGCUGCACAGAACAUCCUGAUUGGUCCAGGGUUCUCUGUGAGGGUAUCUGGAUUGGGCCUGGCCUUCGAGUUCCGCCAGCACCAGACUGACAAACUGGCCUAUCGCAGGUGCCAGAAUGACAAACUGGCCAAUCGGAGAACAGCUGAGGUCCCUCUCAAAUGGCAGGCUCCAGAGAGGAUGAUGAAGCACCCAACCACAGACAGGAGUGAUGUAUGGUCUUUUGGAAUCUUUCUGUAUGAAUUGAUCACAUUGGGCUCUCCCCCCUACCCUGAUCUGGAGCCGGAGCGUGUGUUUCUCCACCUACAGAAAUCAUACAGGAUGAAGAGGCCAGACAACUGUGGGGGACCCUUGUAUGACCUGAUGAAGUACUGCUGGAUGUGGAGCUUCAAGGACCGGCCUGUGUUCUCCGCCAUCAUCAAGCUUCUGGGGUCGUACACAUACCUUGCUGGCACUAAAGAUAUCUACAUCCCAGAGGACAUGGAUAUCACUGACUACAUCAAGAGGGCAGGUGUGCUGCCCUAAUUAUCUAGUCCAAGGCAUCACAUUCAUGAAUGAAGAAGCUAGAAGUAAGGGUUGAGUCCAUGACAAAGCAUGGCUGUAGUUGAUUUUAGGUUGAUGUGUACUGUACUGUGGUAUCAAAUGUGUUAUAAACUUUCAGAGAGAUUAUUUUAUUAUGCUGAAAUGUUGUAAAUGGGUUGACAUAAUGAGGGUGCAUGAGGGUGUGGAAGUAUUGUAUGGAGGAUGCAACAAAGCCUUAUUGUAAGAUUGCAUAUUUGAAUGUGUCCCUUUUAGCACAUAAAUGGAUGUAAGGGAAAAAAAAGAUCUGCCACUAUAUUGUUAUUGUCUACUCACAUUUUUAGGCCAUCACAAGUGAACAUAUUUUAAGAUAUUGUACAAAUGUAAGAAUAGUGUUAUUGAUGUCAUAUUGUCCCCAGUGUCAUGAAACCAGGCAAGUCAUUAUAUCACCACUUUAAUUGUCAAAACAUUUACAGAAUUUAAAAUAGAGAUCUUCAUAAGAUGUUUUACUAGUUUAUCAUUUGGUGAGGAUCACUCCUGUGCCUUUAACAGUAGUAAUGAGACAUGUAAUAUUGUAGCCAUACAGUUAAUGCCCACAAUGAGACUGUCUUGAAGUCACUGUGAUCACGAUAUGUAAAACUGUACUGCACACACUCAACACUGUUGAUUUUCAUAACAUUGCUUAUCAUUGCCCGCGAUGCCAACAAACAAGCCGUUUGGAUGGCGUGGAGGUGACAUUUAUAGUUUUACUGUCCUGAUGCUAUUGUCCCUUAAGCCAAUUCAAAACAAACCCAUCAUCACAUUGUCUCCAUCGCACACUCAUAUCUAAAAUUCUAAAGAGAGGUACAAACCACCAUUUUCAGAAUAACACACCGAGGCAUGCGGAAAUGGAUCAAGAACAGGAAUAUUCCGGACAACAUUUUGUCCUCAUGACUCACGCUUAAAAGUAACUGCAAAGCUUUUUCACACUACUGAGCUGAGGUGAGCCGAACCAAGCCAAGAUGAUCUGUGCAGGACUGGUUACACACCCACUAUAGUUGUUGAAAUCGUACUGGAAAUGACAGCGGGAAAGGAAUGCAUCUAAGCCAGCACAGAAUGGUUCGGGCUGGCACUAUAGUGUGAAAGGGUACAGGUUAUCAACUGAACUAAAAAAUCAUGUUUAACUAUUCACUGUACCUUAGG